AAACAGCCAGUCAGAUUGGUCCAUUUCAGACAGGAAGCUGUGUUGUUUACAUUUUCCAAGAUGGCGGCGGGGAUGUAUUUGGAGCACUAUCUGGACAGCAUAGAAAACCUGCCGUUCGAGUUGCAGAGAAACUUCAAUUUGAUGAGGGAUCUAGAUCAACGCACAGAGGAUCUAAAAGGACAGAUAGACUCUCUGGCUAAAGAAUACACAGCCAACGCCCGGACUCUUUCCUCUGAGCAAAAGCUGUCCAUACUGAGGCAGAUUCAGCAGUCUUACAGUAAAUGCAAGGAGUUCGGAGAUGAUAAGGUGCAACUGGCUAUGCAGACCUAUGAAAUGGUCGACAAGCACAUCAGACGCCUUGACACAGACCUGGCUCGGUUCGAGGCUGACCUGAAGGAAAAGCAGAUUGAGAGCACAGACUAUGAUUCCACUUCCAGUAAGGGGAAGAAAGUGGCUGCCAUUCCAGGUGACUCCAGACAGAAAGAAAAGAAGGUGGCUAAAACAAGGUCCAAAGUGAAAAGUUCAGAUGAAGAUGGCAGUCCCAAGAGUGCACAGAAGAAAGUCAAACUCCUUCAACCAGGAGAAUUCAACAGCCCUUCCUCCAACUUUGGGAAUGUGCACCCGUCUGAUGUGCUGGACAUGCCAGUGGACCCCAACGAACCCACCUACUGUCUAUGUCAUCAGGUCUCUUAUGGCGAGAUGAUCGGCUGUGACAACACUGAUUGCUCCAUUGAGUGGUUCCAUUUUGCAUGUGUGGGCCUGACAACCAAACCAAGAGGAAAAUGGUAUUGCCCACGAUGCUCCCAAGACAGAAAGAGAAAAUAAAAACACCUGGUUGUCCUGGAAUACAAUGUGGACACUGAUCAGAUGGAGAAUGAGAAGAAUAUUUCUUCAUUAGUUACUAGAACCUUUUGUUUCUCAUCUUCCUUAACAUUUGGUGCUUUUUUUUUGGUUUAUGUAAUUUGCCUUGGUCUGAUGCAGAGUGUGUGAAGGAGCCAAGUGGUUACAAUUAUAUUUAAAUAUUGAUUUGUUUUUUGUAACGGUUAACAAUAAUUUUGUUUUUUUUAGUUACUUUUGGUGCUCUUAUUGUGAUUUUUUUUUUUUUUUUUUUUUUUUUACAUUUUGUUUUACAAGUGAAUAAUGAACACUACAACUGCCCCUCAUGGUUUAACAGGUCACGUUUCCAUGAUAUUCUAUACCGUAUUCACAUGUAUAAAUUCAAAAUUUAAGUAUUUCCUCUGAAAACAGUUUGGCCAUGAAUAUUUUUUGCUUUGUUGUAUGGUUAGUUUCUUGUGCUUAGCCUUGGAACACUAGUUUAUUUUUUAAAGAGGGUAAACGAAUAUGGAGACAAAUGCUGCAUCCUGACAAUAUUAGUCAUCUGUGGUAGUGAGUUAAACCAUUUCAUUUUAACAUUUGAUUGAGUGCUGUAUAGAAAGUAACACAUUUCAUGAAAAGUAUUGUCAUUUCUGUAGCUGAAACAUUGGUACAGGGGAGAGGGGGUGAUUGUGUUGUCAAUCAUUUGAAUACAGCUACUACCUCAAAAAAGUG